AUGCCUUCGACUCCAGAGCAGCCCUCUGGGCACACGGAGGGACUCCCUACAUCAGAGCUGGGCUCGUGGCCCCCACUGCCCUGCGGGCCCUGCAUCCCCAUCAUGCUGGCCCUGGCCUCCCUCGCUGCACUCUUCCUCCUAACGACAGCUGUGUUGGCCGAACGCCUGUUCCGCCGCUCGCAGCACCCAGACCCCAGCACCCAUGCACCCACCCUGGUCUGGCGCCCCGGAGGAGAACUGUGGAUUGAGCCCAAGGGCACCCCCCGAGAGCGCUCUGAGGACUGGUACGGCUCUGCGGUCCCCUUGCUGAUGGACCGGGCCCCAGACCCUCCCACCCCCGGGGGCACCUUGGAGGCCCGCGCAACAGCCCCACCUGCCCCUUUAGCCCCACUCUCCCCAUCCGGCUCCUUGGUCCCCCACACCCCACCCAGGGCCCCAGCCCGCAGCACCUUCUGGGGGCCCCAGCCCUGGGACAAGAGGCCCUGUGUCCCAGGCUUGGUGAGCUGGGCUGAGCCAGAACAGAGGCCAGAGGCCAACGUGUACUUGGGGAGCCCCCAGGCCCAGAGGCAGCGACUAGGAAGCCCUGAUCGUGAGUGGGGCCUCCAGCCUCGGGUCACCCUGGAGCAGAUCUCCGCUUUCUGGAGGCGUGAAGGUCGGGCCAGCGUGGGGUUCUGA